AUGUUCGCGCACCAGGCACUGCUAUUCGUUUGCAGGAGGGCUUUGGACGAUACCCGCAACGGGGAGUUCUGCUCGCGAUACUCUCGCCCCCGCCCGCGUUUGUUGCACACCGCUGAGGCACCGCUAUCCGAGGACGACUCAUUGUGGACGACGGACGACUCGUACAUGGCGGACGUGACAGUCGUUCUCGGCUACAUGGCGGACGUGACGGUCGUCCUCGGCCGCACACACGCCUCGAGCCGGACGGCACGCACCUGCCAGACGGGCCUUCGGCUCGCUCGCCAGGCGGUUGAAGUCGACGUAGGGCUUGGAUUGGGCUUGGAGCAAACCUGCGGAAAAGUGCGGGCAAAACGUGUUCCCGUGCGCGGAGCUGCUGGAGCGACGAUCGAUGAGAGCAUGGACCAGUAG